AUGUUGGGCUUUGUCAUCUUUCUCGUUUCGUUGGAGCUCUUUGGCCACUGCCAGGCUCUGCCGACGCGCUCCUAUUUGCCACCGGUGGCUGGGGAGAGUCCUACGACGUCAGCGCCGCUAAUUACCAAGCAGUUCUACAGCAUUGUGGCAGCUGAGGACCCGGAGGAGCUGCAGCCACGCACCAAGCACCUGCUGAUCGGACGUGCCACGCGCAACUAUCGCGUCAUCUUCAUCCGCGCGCCCAAUACCCAGAACGAGGCUCUCAGGUACACGGCCGAGCUGGCGCCCCAGGAGGAGCGCACGGUCAUCUAUGUGCUGAGCCGCAAGCAGCCGGAGCUGGAGGCCCAAGAUAUAGAGCCACCAAAACCGCAGCAGCAGUCCCUGACCAAGCCCGACGUCUUCUUCAUCAGAUACAAGACCAACGAGGAGGCCGCCGCUGCCCAGCGUGAGAUCCAGACGCAGUACGACGUGCUGGGCGGCAACUCGGAGCAUGCGGCGCCCUACGUGGCGCCAGUGCAGUCUGUGAUUGGCGCCCUGGAGCCCCCAAAGUCCCCAACAGAUGCAGCCAAAGGGGCUCAGUUGGGCUACGAUUAUCAGCGACCGACAAAGAGUUUUCAUUAA